UGCUGAAUAAGUGAUAUUUGCACUCCUGCCGCUACUUCAGCGGGUUUCCCGAUGUUGGAGUGACCACUUGUGGGGUCCCUCACAAGUCAUGCAGCUCGGAGCAUCAUCGUUGCUUUCAGAUAGCAUGAAGCUGCUGCUUGUGCUUGUGGUGGGCAGUCAGUUCUUCCACUCCUCACAUGCAACUUCCUUCAAAGCCCUUUCCUGCAGUGAGCAGAGGGUGAUGAAGGCAGCAGAGCUGGCAGUGGAUCACAUAAAUGCUGACCAGCCAGAGGGAUACAAGUACGUGCUGAACAAAGUUGAAAAUGCCCAGGAAGAUCGAAAGAAGCAAGGUAUACCUUUUAUGUACAUUGAAUUUGAGAUACUGGAAACCAGGUGCCACUCAUUGAAUCCUAAACCUGUGGGAGAGUGUGAAGUGCCAUCUGGUCCCGAAGCUAUUUCUGGUGACUGUAAAAUGCAGUUACAAAUGAAUAGAUCAUCCGGAUGCAUCGAGGUCCAGAGAUACUGGUGCUUGAUAUCACCAGACUCUGAUGACAUGGUUUUGAGCCGGUGCCCUUCCUGCCGACAUCGUAUUGCUCUAAAUCAUACAGAUGCCAGCCAUGCUGUUGCAGCAGCGCUGAAAAAAUACAACCGACACAGCAACAGGACAAAUUAUUUUGCAGUAAAGAAAAUAACUAAAGCUUCCUCCCAGAUGCUUGCCGGGAAAAAAAUAUUUGUUGAAUUUGUCAUCCAGGGAACUGCAUGUGCUAAAACCUCUCAUCUUCCAAAUUGUCCAGCGAAUGAAGGAACAUUUGCAUCUGGUACCAAAGGUUUCUGCACUGCCGCUGUCGAAAAACCCAUCCCUGGCCGAGAGAAAGUUGAAGUGAAUUGUGACUUCUAUAGACCAAAGGUGGCAGUCAGCUCAGCAAGGAAUAAAGUAACGAGCUGUAUCCGACAAAGAGGACAAGGAAACAGAAAUAAGAGGCAAUCCAUACUUAAGAAGAAACCUGGCCAUAAACAGGCAAGCCCAAAGAGUGGAACUCGCAGGAGAACUGAAUCCUCGGAGGAAGUACAGGGUGCACUGGGCUUCACUAUUGGCACAGGCAGUAGAAAUGACUACCCACAACUGCCUGCACCUCGAAGGAUCUGUCCAGGAAGAGCCCGGUACCUUGGAGGAACCACUGGGCCUAUGUGAUGUGCCUCUGAAGUCAAUACAGAGCGAAGCUUCACAGCUGAGCAACAAUCUGUUCUUUUCUUUAAUAUUAGGAACUGAUUGUGAAGGGCACAGACCUGAAACAUAUUUGAAGAAGAAAAACAGAAAAUAAAUGUAUAAUUGAUUUAUAAAAUAAAAUAAAAGGCUAAAAUGAAUGUGAUCUUUAAAAAAAAAAUGAAUGCACUACACUUUCAUCAAUGGGUGAGGCAGCAUCUAUGGAGCGAAGGAAUGGGUAAUGUUUUGGGUCGAGACCCUUUCGUCUGAAGAAGGGUCUCAACCUGAAACAUCAUCCAUUCCUUCGGUCCAUUGAUGCUGCCUCACCCGCUGAGUUUCUCCCGCAUUUUUGUCUACCUUCGAUUGUUCAGCAUCUGCAGUUCCUUCUUAAACACUUUCAUGAAUGGUAUUAUUCAAUAUACUCUCACUCUCACGAUGGCACUUCUUGUUACAAUAUAUUUUCUGCCAUUUAAACCCUUUGAGCUAGUAAGUUGCUAUUUGCCCGUUUCUGUUUAUUCUCUUCAUGAAAUGUUUAACUGUAUUACCAAAAGUACAAAGUGUAUCUUUAACUUUUAGUUGUUUUGGUCAGCAGAUUUAGUCACAUCAGCACAUAAUAAAACUUUAACGUUGCAA